GCGGAAUGGAUAGCAGCGUCGGGCAAUCGUCCACAAAGCCAGGUCUCCGUGAAGCGCAGAGCCGCAGAAUGUCCAAAGUCUUUCGUCGGAAGCGUUAGACGAUGUUCCCCCUUACGCAGCUGGAUCGCAAGGCUUUAUAGAGCGUGCCGACCAGUAACUCUGGGAAAAAGCUUCAGCGAAUUGUCGAGAGUUGUCAAAAAAAAAGUCAGGAGAAGACUCUCUGAUGGUUAGCAAGUCCUCUCAGGUGUACUUUAGUCCCGAGACGCCCGUGAAACACAAAAACACAAACAGUAACCGAGAGUAUUCCGUAGACUUCCAUGCUGGGUACGGGUUAGGUAGAGAGGUUAAAUGGCGGCGUGCAGUGGUGUGUUGAUGAUUCAGCAAAAAAAAAAAAAAAAGUGACGUCAUUACAUUUGAGAGUAUUUUUAUCAUGGACAUGUUGAAUCUGUAAUUCUGCUGUAGGUAUACUUAUUUGUAGAGUACUUUGGCUGCAUGUUAGUUUGAUAGAAGCAUUCUGCGACGGCGAAUCGCGAAUAUGCGGGGGUUCGCCUUAAUAGCGGCUUUCCAUGGGGCGGGGUGAGUGGCUCCAUGUAGUUGCGCGUCUUGGCCACCAGCGGGCAGCACGGAGCCGACUCCUCCGCACGCCGCAUUGUAACCUUGUCAAAUCUCUCCGCCUUCGCUCCUCCGACCAACCAACGACACUCCGAAUGGGAAGAAAAUAUGGCGUGAAGGAGGAGGCUGCCGCCGACGACCACCGUUACCCGCCCGGUAGCGCCCUUCCAGUUGAGUAGAGGAGAAGAGGAGACAAAAGAAAUCAUGGAUGUAGCGACACGCCGCGGCGCGCGUGUGCAGCCGAGACGCCGGAGCACAAAGCCGAUGGGAGAGACAGCCUGAGCCGCAGCACGCCUCAUCACGCAGCCCCCCUCGAAAACACGCCAAAUACGGCUCCGCGAGGCUUCUAAGACUCCUUACAGUGUUGUUCGAAAUCAAAUAGGCGGAAAAGCACGUCCGUUGGCUUCCUCGUCGUCGUCGUCGUGUGAAGAAAGGACGGCGACAUGAGCGAGCAGAGCAUCUGCCAGGCCCGGGCCUCGGUGAUGGUCUACGAUGACGGCAGUAAGAAGUGGGUGCCCAUCAAGCCGGGGCAGCAGGGCUUCAGCCGCAUCAACAUCUACCACAACACUGCCAACAACACCUUUCGGGUGGUGGGCGUCAAGCUGCAGGACCAGCAGGUGGUGAUCAACUACUCCAUCGUGAAGGGCCUGAAGUACAAUCAGGCCACGCCCACUUUCCACCAAUGGCGUGACGCUCGGCAGGUCUACGGGCUCAACUUUGCCAGCAAGGAGGAGGCCACCACCUUCUCCAACGCCAUGCUGUUCGCCCUCAACGUACUCAGCUCGCCUGACAGCGGAGGUCCAGUCGUCCAGCGUCAAAAUGGACCCUCUUCCGAGGAGAGCGAGGCCCAGAGGAGGAUGAUGGAGCAGCAUCAGAUGCAGGCGCACAAGGAGAGGGAGCGGCGGACGUCGGGAUCAGUCGUUUCCACUCUCCAAUACAAAGUGUGCGCACCCCCCGCCCACCCCGACACUCCGCCCGAGUACAGACAGUUCAGAGCUAGCACGCUGCCCCCGUCCUACGUCCGUGUGGCCUCCUCCUCCUCCUCCCCGCCCUCCGCCUCCUCCUCUCCCUCCCAAGAGAAAGAGGCGGGGACGGCGAGGGACAAGGCCCAGCUUUCCUCCCAGCUCUCCACCUCGCUGGCCUCCGCCUUCUCGCCAGUCCAGGCGGGAGUGACCACGAUGGGCCGCCAGGUCCGUCAGAUCCCCCUGUCUCCUCCCACCGCCGCGCGCCACGCCCACCAGCACCACCAAGACAUCACGCUGCCCCCCAAACACGGCACCUGGUCCGCCUCUCAUUUGCACCAAAUGUACGCCCAGUGCCCGCCCUCCGCCUCCCCUCCAGUCACGAUGGCCGUGCCCGCCAGGCAGGGGUUGGCGCCGCCGCAGCCCGCCCUCCCCGUGGCGCACUCUCUCCCGGGCGUGAGGACGAAGCCCCCACCGCUCGACCCGAGCACCCACCACCAGCCCAACCCUCACGCCAACGGCCAAGCAGACGACUCGUACUCCCCCCACUCCCACCGGCUGCCGCUUACCCCUCAGUACUGCGAGGCAGUGCCUCUGCCGCCUCUCGUAGGCCAGCCGCCCGCAGGUCCCGCCCCCAAUCACCAGUACCCGUCCACCUUCCACCCUCAGCAACAGGUGCACCACCAGCAGGGCCAAUCCCUCAGCAACACCUCCUCGCCCCCCUAUUACAAUGAUGGGGGCUCGCCCAAGGAGACCCCCUCCCCCGUCCCCCAGCAGGUUCCCAUGACCAACAGCAGCGCCCCUGUUUCCGCAGGUCACCCCGCGAUGCUGUCCGUGGCCCCGCCUCCGACCGCGGUCCCGGUGCCCACGGCCGGCCCCCCGGCCCCUCCGCCGCCGCCGGGUCCGCCGCCCCCGAUGGCGGUGCCCCCGCCCAUGCCCCCCCCUCUGCCCGCUAGCGGGGGGCCUUCCGGGGGUCCCCAUGGGAUGCAGCAGCAGCAGCCCUCGGGGUUGGCGGCCGCGCUGGCCGGGGCCAAGCUUCGGAAGGUUCAAAGGGACGAGAGCAGUCCGCCAGGAUCGAGCGGCAAAAGCGACUCCAACCGAUCGAGUGGUGGGAGCGGAGGAGGCGGAGAGGGUCUGAUGCAGGAGAUGAAUGCCUUAUUAGCUCGCAGACGGAAAGCUUCUGAAAAACCUGAUGAGGACGACUCUGGUAGUCGCGGGCCUGGUCAGAACUCAACAGAUGCUUUGAAGAAGCCAUGGGAGAGAUCCAACUCUGCAGAGAAGUCCUCACUGGUGUCAAGAGUGAGACCCAUCGGCAGCACGAGUGAAUCAGACACCGAAUUUGACAGGAUGAAACAGGAGAUUUUGGAUGAAGUUGUACGCGAGUUGCAUAAAGUGAAAGAUGAAAUAAUUCAUGCUAUCAGACAAGAAAUAGGUCGGAUCAGCACAUCCUAAUCUCAACGGAGUGACAUUUGGGAGGAGAGCAGGAGAAAGAAAAAGGACAAGGAGGACGUGGGACGGACACAGACGGACCCGCUUGGAGCCACCCCCGGAAUGUUCUCCCAAUGUUUCUGUGAGGAAACAUCACAGAGAUGUUGUGCCAACAUUUGAAACUGCCGGACAGCAAAAAGGACGGAAAAGAGCGAGAGGAACGAGAGAAGGAAGAGCGUUUGAACUGUCGUGCCGACUUAACUUGUUGUGGUUGUAUGUGCACCUCUCGACUCAGACAAGACAGCCCCGGUGUUGCAGUUUUCUUCUGUUCCGUCUUAAAAGGAUAAUAUUUUUGUUUUUCUAAGUUUGUACUGUUGUAUUAUUUAAAUCCUGUGCUGAUGUUGAUGAGUAUUUCAGAAGGACAAACGGAAACUUGCACACCAUCUGUGUCAGCCUUUUAUACUUCUUUCCCUGUUCAUUUUAUCCCGGACAAUUUGUUGAAAACAAGCACAAAAUUGGCAAAAAAAAAAAAAAUUGGUGCCGAGCUAUUUUCUACCGCCGUAGUGGUGUCGUGCGUCCGACCUUUUCUUCCCGCAGGAAAGAAGCCACUGAACAUAAAUGUUCUCCUGCAGCACCAAGGCCACACCAAUGAGCAAGCCACCGGCUUACUGAAAAGCCCUCAGGGGUGAGGAACCCGCAACUCAUUGGCCAUAUGUAGCCCGCAAGAUCAUUUUAUACGGGGACAUAAAAAGACAUUAACAGGCCUGAAAGAAUUUAAUGGGGUGUCAUUACAUGUCACUCAGCUCGCGUAGCUCAGUGGUUAGAGGGUUGGUUUUGGUAAAUCAGGGGUCGUGAGUUCGUAUCUCUCUGGGGGCCUCACUCCCCAAAAGGGGUUGCGUCAGGAAGGGCAUCCGGCGUAAAAACUCAGCCAAAUGCCAAACCAAUAUGAGCGUUCAUCUGAGAUGUCACGCUGUGGCGACCCCUAACGGGACAACCCGAAAGAAGCUUACAUUACAUGUCGCUCCCCUUGGAGGGGGGAGAAAAAUACAGAAUUAAAUGUUUGGUAUGUGUGGCUUAAAUGUGGUCGCAAUGAGACCACUUUUGUGGAGAAGUUGGUCUGAGGGUGGAAAGAUCUCAAAAGCGACCCUGAAAUGGCCAAAAUCCCAGACAUCCUGUGUCUUUCCUGGAAUGACUGCUUAAGACCACCACCCAAAAAAAAAAAUGCUUCCGAUGCCAAAUUGUUGAUUGUUCUGAACAAAAGGUGGGUGGCAUCCAAGCCAAAUUGUUGCUGAAAUGGCCCCAGAAAGGUUCCCCACCCCUGGUAAAUAUUUAGUGGUGUUUGAGGGGGAAAAAAAAAAAAAAAAAAGUCAGUCAAUCUAAUCAUGUUGUAGUUUUUCUUCCGCCUGUUUUUUGUGGCCCUUCCAGUUAUGCAUGAAACCCGAAUCAAUUUAUUUGGUUAAAUGGAGAAAAAAAAAAUGGUGCAUUUAUAAUUGUGGUUUGUUUCCAUGAUGAAUCCCCUUCUGUGUAGGAGAUGAUGCUGAUAAUGGUAGCAAAGUGGGGGUGGAUAAUCAAAAAAAAAAAAAAAAAAAAAUUGGAAAAAGACUUAAGGGUGUUUCUCUGCCAAUAUGCAAAGUUAGCUCAAAAGAAUGUGCACAAACGGAACGGUCGGUAAAUGUGCUGGUAGCGCAAAGUGUCUUUGCAGGAGUUCAGAUUGUUGCACUCGCAUUGUCUGCUCUCGGCGACAGUCUCAUUAAAUCAAUAAAAAAAAAAAAGCUGGACGCAAAAAUUUAUUCAAACUUGUGUUACAGGUUUCCGCAACACCUUGUUUUUGAAAGGGUUAUUGGGGUGACAUGUUUUAGAUUGAGAUUUUGUCAUUGCUGCUCCUUGUAGAACAAGUUGGGUAGCAUAAUAAACAUUUCAAAUACA